AAAUCACGUUGAGACAUGGCCGAGCACGCGGUCGCUGCCGUGCUGCAGAGGGUAGGCGCCACCGUGAUCCAAGAAGUUGCUUUUCUGGGCCAGGUUCCUGCCAAGGUGGAGGCCCUCAAGUCCGAGCUCAAGCGCAUGCAGUGCUUCCUCAGGGACACCGACGCGAGGAUGGAGAGGGGCGAGAAUGAAAUGCUCAGCCAACUGGUGUCGGAGGUCAGGGACGUCGCCUACAGCAUCGAGAUCAUCAUCGACACGGCCAGCAUCUUGGCCAGGGAGAACAGCAGACCGCCGUCCCUCUUGGGUGCCAUAUCCAAGGGCGCCUGUUACCCCGUCCACUGCAAGCGUCUCUACAGCAUCGGGAAAAAGAUCGAUCAGGUGACAGCGAGAGUUAAUAAGAUCUUCGAAGAAUUUGCAAAGUAUAACAUUCAUAGUACUUGCCUGAAUGAGACAAGAUACAGUAUGGAUGAGAACGAGACUCUACGCGCUAGGAGACUGACGCUUCCGGAUCUCGGGGAUGAGGUCAAUGUCAUUGGCUUUGACAGCGAAAUCAACCAGGUCAAAGAUGAACUGCUUGACUCGGAGAACAAGGACCUCACUGUCGUCUCCCUUGUUGGUCCAGGGGGGGCAGGGAAAUCAACCAUCGCCAGGAAGGUCUACAAUCUUGUCGCAAAAAAUUAUUUCAACUCCUGCGUAUGGAUAUGCAUCUCACAAAAAUUUACAGUAUAUGGUGUUCUGAAGGAUAUUGUCAACGGGGUCAUGGAGAAUCAAGACUCCCAAGAACUAGGAACAAUGAGCGAGAUGGAAAUUAUAAAGAAGAUCCACAGUUUUCUCAAGGAUAAAAGGUACCUGGUGGUUUUAGAUGAUGUCUGGAGAAUGGAAAACUGGGAUAUGGUCCAAGCCGCCUUUCCUGAUGUGAAAAAUGGAAGCAGAAUUGUUCUGACAACUCGCAACUCAGCAGUUUCCAAUCACCCCAACGCAAGAAAAAUAAUCCAGCAGGUCAAGCUCCUUAACAAAGAAGAAAGUAUAGAGCUAUUCAAUAGAAAGGCAUUCCCUUGGUAUGUCGUCCAUGGCAGAGGUGAUCUGGAUAGCUUCAGAGAACUAGGCAAGAUACUUGCAUUAAAAUGCAAUGGCUUGCCUCUUGCAAUUAUAGUCAUGGGAGGUUUCCUUUCAAAGAAUCUCAGGAUCACCGAGUGGAGAAGAAUGGUUGCUAGCGUAAACUGGGACGCGAUGAAGAAUGAGGGUGACAUCAAAGCCAUACUGGACCUAAGUUACUAUGAUCUGUCAAGUAAUCUGAAGGCGUGCCUUUUGUACAUCACAUCAUUCCCAGAAGACUACGCAGUCCCGGUAGGCCUUCUUACAAAGUUGUGGAUUUCAGAGGGUUUCAUACCGAACGUGCGUGGAAGCUCCCUUGAAGAAACCGCGCUCAGGUAUGUGGAAGAACUGGCGCAGCGCUGCUUGAUCCUAAUUGAAAAGAGGAGCUCCAGGUGCAUCAAGACCGUUAAGGUGCAUGACGUGUUGCGUGACUGGGGAAUCGGGCGAGCUCGAAGAGAAGGGUUCUUGAAAGACUGCAGUUCCAGAAAUGAAGUGGAGACCUCAUAUUCCAAUGAAAUGAGAGCUUACAGAGUAGUUCUCUACGACUCCGUUCGCGUGAAGGUUGGUGUUGCUAUGCCAAAUCUGCACACCUUGCUGAUCUUCAAUGCAGCUCAGCUAGAAAGGAAUGUCUUUUCUUUCCGAGGCUUAAAUUACCUGCGGGUACUCUACUUUGAUGGCAUGAGAGAGAGAUGGCAGCUACCUACAGAGAUCGGCAGGAUGGUACAUCUGAGGUACCUCGGCAUGAAAGGUGGCACAUAUGUACUUCCUGCUACCAUCAGCAAUCUCACAAACCUACAUACUUUUGAUGCAAGAGAUGCCAUAGUGGAAGCACUCCCUAUUGAUCUCUUGAGCAUUUCGACACUGAAGCAUGUCCAUAUCUACAAGGUCGAGUCAUGGUCCGUGUGGAAGACCACCAUGCAGAGCAACCUGGAGUCAUUUUUCAUAGUCCUGGCAGCCAACACCCCGAAGCAAUGGGAAGGAGCAAUUGAAAGAAUGGAAGAAAAACCCUCCUGGUGCUUUGGGAAGCACUACCAGAGCGUCAAACAGCUGGAAAUUGUGGGGGCAUGCGAGGACGAGUUCGGAGUGCCCAACGACCUACAUCUUCCUGAUCUGCAACUCCUCCCGCACAACCUGAGACGGCUGAAAAUUAGCUGUCCUAAUCUGCUGAAUGAUGAAGACCCCAUGCCGGCACUUGGGAGCCGGCUGGCGUACUUGAAUGUGUUGGAAAUAGGGGUUAAGUCCUACACUGGCGCGACCAUGACCUGCCCUUUUAGUGGGUUUCAAUACCUGCACAAUUUGGUGCUCCACGAUCUAGAUAUCGAGGAGUGGAUAUUGGAGGAUGGCGCCAUGCCAAAGCUCAGGAUACUAACUCUCUGCAAGUGCACCAAGCUGAAGGCGCUUCCACAAGGAUUGCAGCACCUGAAGGAACUUAAGAAGCUGAAAGUGAUAGCGAUGCCCGAGUUGGAUCAAGUAUUAUGCUACCUGCUACACAAGGCAGGACGCGAGGUCAUCAUCAGGUCAAGUGAGGAGCACUUUGAGCAUGUACAGAUCCCCAAGUAUGACAUGUAAGGAGUAACAGGCUGACAUCCAUGGACAAUGGGGAUCUGAAGCAAUUUAAAUUCGCUGCCAUCGUACAUGCUGGGUGGAAUGGAUAUCUUCGAAAGUGCGAGCUACUGACCUGAUACCGACAAACUGUCAAUUUUGCUUACGGGUUUAUCUUGCUACUAUUUGUUAUGUACUUACAUAUGUGUACACAUAGUAUUUCGUACCAAGAUUGUUAGUAAAUGUGUGUACUGUGCAACUCUGUUGUGCAUGACACGGUUUGUAAUUUGAAAUAAAAUAAAUUGAGGGCUGAGGGAGAGAAGCCCCUUCGCGUAUUUGUUGGAGGAGGAGAUGAGACAU